AUGGUGAGGGUACAGGGCGCCUGGCGGUACGUGCACGUAGCUGACCGGCAGAAGCGCAAGGUGGCCAUCUUCUUUGGGUACUGUGGCUCCGAGUACUCGGGCCUGCAAGUGAAUCCGGGUGUGAAAACCAUUGAGGGAGACAUUUUCGAUGCCUUUUGCCGCGCUGGUGCCGUAUCCAAGGACAAUGCGGUCAACCCGAACAAGGUGCAGUUGCAGCGCGCCGCCCGCACCGACCGUGGUGUGCACGCGGCCGGCAACCUGCUCACACUCAAGCUGAUCCUAGAGCCGCCUCACCUGCCGGCGCAGCAGACGCUCACGGAAUAUGUGAAUACGCUGCUGCCGCCCCAGAUCCGCAUCUGGGGUAUGCGCCGCGUGCAAAGCGCGUUCAAUGCGCGCACGAGCUGUGAUUCGCGCCUUUACGAAUACCUGCUUCCCACAUACGUGUUUAUUCCGCCCAAGCCGUUCAGUUCCAUGUGGAAGAUGCUGCGCCGCCUGAAUACGGGCGAAGAGGAGGCGCCGAUGAAAGAGGACGGUUCCCCGGUGGCGCCCUGGGAGGAUGAGGCGCUUAGGGACAAUACUGUGCUGAACCAUCCAUUCUGGCAGGCCCACGGUACGAGUGGCGACUUUGCACAGGACAUGCUGGGCAAGCGGCAGUGGCGCAUAGACAGGCCGGCCCUGGAGCGAGUGCGCCGCGUGUUCGACGAGUACACGGGAUCCCACAACUUCCACAAUUACACCGUCGGCAAAGAAUUUCGCGAUCGCAGUGCGCACCGCGUGAUGAAGAAGCUGACGAUCUCGGAUCCGCGCAUGAUCCACGGUACCGAGUGGGUCUCGGUCCAGUUCCACGGCCAGUCGUUCAUGCUGCAUCAGAUCCGCAAGAUGAUCGGUCUGCUCGUGCUGAUCGGCCGCACAAAUGCGCCCGUCUCGCUCGUUGCGCAGACGUACGGCCCAGCACGCAUCCACGUGCCCAAGGCCCCAGGCUUGGGCCUGCUCCUCGUCGAGCCGUUCUUUGGCGGCUACAAUCAGAAGGUGACGAACAACAACGAGCGUAUUGACCGCGUGAUUGCGCAGCGGCAAGCGUCGUCCAAGCCCCUCCCGCCUGAUGCUGAGAGCGGAAGGCGCGAGCAUGUUGACUACCAGGCGUUCCAAGAUAAGAUGGACACGUUCAAGCAGACGUUCAUUUACGACCAGAUCUACAAAACCGAGGAGGAGACGGCCGAGUUUGCCAAGUGGCUCAACUACCUGGACGUUUUUGUCGGCCCUGACUUUGAGUUCCUCAACCCCUCAGGCACGAUCCCGACGUCGGCGAUUCUCAAGGUCGGCGAGCAGCGCCGGGCGCCGGGCGGCCAGCCCAAGGCGCCUAGCACCGAUACAAACGAGGCGCAAGGCGAGGCACUGCACAGCGAUGAAGAAGGCGAGACACAGGGCGCAGACGAUGAUGCAUGA